AUGGGAGGAUCCAGACAUGAAAGAAAAAAGUGGAUUCACCAAUUUAAUUCAGCAGAUGUCAUUCUAUUUGUUGUUUCCUUAUCAGAAUUUGAUACGAAUUGUUUUGAAGAUGGAGAAACUCCAAGAUGGAAAGAAAGUUUCGAUAUUUUCAUGAACUUGCUCUAUAAUCCUUCAUUUGCCAAACUUCCUUUCGUCCUACUUUUCAAUAAGAAAGACGUUUUGGAACAAAAACUAGUCAACCAAUCAUUUGCAUCUCACUUUGAUGACUUUCCUUCUGAUAAGAAUGGACAGAACAUUGAUGAUUGCAUUCAAUUCAUUGUUGAUAAGUAUUCCUCAAGUGUAAAGACUCGACAAUUACUACUCAAUCCAGGAGAAUGUUGUGUCGAUCCAAAUGAUGAGAAUGCUGGACCAUCCAUGUUAGUGAGAGUGUUGAAUGCCUUUGAUGAGAAUAAUUUGUUGACUGUCUUUAAGGAUAUUACAGAGUAUUCAAUUAGGGAACACCAGAGAAGAUAUUUACAAGCUUUGGUUCAAUCAAAAUAA